ACCACGUCUCCCCUUGAGUUUAGCUCACACGCGCUCCCCAAGGCGCAUGGACCAAUCACUGUUCUUCAAUAUCACAGACGCCCAAAGGCCAAAAGGGCCAGAACGCCAAGAGAGAGAGAGCGAGCGCAAAGGCGCACUAAUCACCGUUCUCUGUAGUAUCAUUUGACACCGCCGGUCACCCAUUUUACAUCACCCGCUUGUCUCGCCAGAUAUUUUCUGUCGUUUUUUUGUACUCAGUUUUGAUUCGAUUCUCUUGGGGUUUCAAUUUCGACAGGUAGAAUUCCAGCAUACCCAUUUGCAGUUUUGGUUUAAUUUUCUUGAUUUGAUCUCUAAUAGAUAUAAAUUGAUGACCUUUCCCUUGGCACUAUAUUGAAACCAGUGAGAAAGGAUAACAAUGGAGGCGCGUCCUAUAUCCAUUCAGAGACCAGGUGCUAGGCAGCUCAGCAAUCUGGGGGUGUCUGGAACAAUGUCUUCAUCAUUGCCAGUCCUUCCGACCGCUCUGGAAGAUACAUAUCCCAAGUUACCAGAUUCUCAACAGGUCUCUAUGGAAAGGGAACAUAGGACAAGGCCACAAACCCAUGCACCUCAUGUACCAUCAAACAGUGGAGUAGUUGGUCACAUGUUUUCAUCAUCUUCUGGAUUUUCGAGUGAUCUUCAUUAUUCAUCUGUAUCACCUCACCAAAAGCAUAUGAACUCUCCUUUUAUUUCUCAAUCAUCAACUAAUGCUGCAUCCUUGCAACUAUCACAAUCUUCCCAUUCAGGGAUGCCUCAGUCAACAACAUCCAGUCAGUACUCCAAAGAGAGUAGUUCUUCUUGGUGUCCAGAGUCACUGCCAGGUUAUCUCGAUUUUCCUGUAAACACUCCCAUCCACAAUUGUCAAAUAGAAAGCAGUAGUUGCAGUGGUGUCAUGUCGUCGGAGGACUUCAGUAAACGAAAUGAUUGGCAAGAUUGGGCGGACCAGCUAAUUACUGAUGAUGAUACUUUGGCUUCUAACUGGAAUGAUCUUCUUGUUGAUACCAAUAUGACAGACCUGGAUCCAAAGAUGCAAUACCAGGUUUCGAAACCACCUACAAGUAUUCCAGCACAUCAACCCCAAGUUCAUCACCAGCUUCCUGCCCCUUCUGGAGAAAUCCGCACUGCUGUUACCCCUUCUUCCACUACAAAUAAUGCCCCAGCCAAGCCGCGGAUGCGUUGGACGCCAGAAAUUCACGAGGCCUUUGUGGAAGCUGUUAACCAACUCGGUGGUAGCGAAAGAGCUACUCCAAAGGGUGUGCUGAAGCUCAUGAAAGUUGAUGGCUUGACUAUUUACCAUGUGAAAAGUCACUUACAGAAAUAUAGGACAGCAAGGUUCAGGCCCGAUUCAUCGGAAGGAUCCUCAGAGAAAAGAUUGACUCCUCUUGAUGAAAUAUCUUCUCUUGACUUAAAAACGGGUAUUGAAAUUACUGAAGCUCUGCGAUUACAGAUGGAAGUUCAAAAGCGGCUGCAUGAACAACUUGAGAUUCAAAGAAAUUUACAGCUGCGGAUAGAAGAACAAGGAAGGUACCUGCAAAUGAUGUUUGAGAAGCAGAAGUCAGGCAUUGACAAACUGAAACCGUCACCAUCAAAUCUGGAGAAUCCCUCUACUCCAUCUUCAGAUGCAAUUGAAGAUUCUCCUGCAAAAAGCGAAUUGAAAGGCACCCAGGUGGACCAUGUAAAGAAAAUCGAUGACAAAGUUAAUGCCAAAGCUACAUUGGAAGAAAGUUCACAGGAGGUUGGCGAGAAGCAAAAGGCACCUAAUGCUGAAACUUCAGAGAAUGCUGAGCCAAAUUUUUCAGAGUCAAGUUCUCAACCUUCAAAGCGUCCCAGAACUGAUGAAUAAGAUAAAUGAGCAUACAAUGACAAGGCAAUAAUCAUUCAAAGGAAGAUUUUCAUAUUGAGUUAAGAUGGAGUUAACUAACUUAUCUAAUGGAUAAAGCUUUUUGAAAUCCUCUCCCCUCUUUUCUCUAUGUCCAUGUGGGCAAUUGCUUAUGCACUCUUACGUUUAGUCGAUAAACAAUGCUGGUAAGAAAGUUGAGCAUGAUUAUUAUAGGCUUCAACUCCCGUAAUUGUAACCAGUUUUAAGUGAGGAUGAAAACCUUGGUAAUAACCACAGGUGAUUAAAAGGCUCGAAUAAGUGGAUAUCCAAAGCA